GCUCCGCCGAGCGGCUGGAGCCCGCGGCGGAGGCCCUCGGCCGGGGCGCGCACGUCGGCGACGGAGGCCGCGGAGGCAUGUGGCCCUUCUCCUCGGGCGAGGAGGAGGGUGGCUCGAAGAAGAGGAAUGCCGCCAGCGCGGGCUCCAGCAGCGCCGCUCCGGCGGGCGAGGGCUACGAGAGCAUGCAGAAGGUCACCGAG